CCAAGCCAGUCCACUUGUUGACACGGACCAGGAUAGUUCACUUGUGUCUAAAGUUCAAAUUAUCCACCAACAACAAAAAUGCCUGCCAGGAACAAGGAACAGGAGGAAGAGGUCCUAGUCUGGAUCGCCGCAGUCCUUGGAGAGCCGUUGCCAAAGGGCGCAUACGAAGACAUUCUUAAAGAUGGCGUUAUUCUAUGCAAGCUGGUCAACAAACUUGCUCCUGGAUCGGUAAAGAAGAUCCAAGAAAAGGGCACCAACUUCCAACUCAUGGAAAACAUUCAAAGGUUCCAAGCGGCCAUUAAAAAGUACGGAGUACCCGAGGAGGAAAUUUUCCAGACUGCCGAUCUGUUUGAAAGGCGUAACAUUCCUCAAGUCACACUUUGCUUGUACUCUUUGGGAAGAAUUACUCAAAAACAUCCCGAGUUUACUGGCCCGCAAUUAGGACCAAAGAUGGCUGACAAAAAUGAAAGAACAUUCACAGAGGAACAGCUUAGGGCACACAAUGCUGAACUUAACCUUCAAAUGGGCUUUAAUAAGGGCGCGUCACAAUCUGGACACGGUGGCUUCGGAAACACCCGUCACAUGUAAUUUCUAAUUACAAUAUAAAUAUCAUGUCAACACCAUGCCAACAAAUGGAUGUUAAAGAUCGGCAUUGAUUAACGAAUAUCUCAGUAUUCUUAUGUUUUAGCUAAUCUCUCUAUUUUUGUAUGAGCUAUUUAUUAUUUUUUUAUCUCUUUUUAAAAAAGAUAAACAUUUAUAACUUGUAUAAGUUAUAACUGUAUCUAUUUGAGAUAGAGAUAAAAUGUAAUUUUGUUUUACUUGACGAAUG